AUAGUUUUCAGGUUAAGAAAGCCAGAAUCUUUGUUCAGCUGCAGUGAGUGAACACACUUAGUGGGGUUACCUGGCUAAGAGUGGCGGCGGUGGAAGAAGCAGCAGCAGCAGCAGCAGCAGGGCUCCUGGGAUAGCUCAGGCAUAGUUGGACACAAUGGGUCCUCCUCUGAAGCUCUUCAAAAACCAGAAGUACCAAGAACUGAAGCAGGAAUGCAUCAAAGAUGGCAGACUUUUCUGUGACCCCACUUUUCUGCCCGAGAAUGAUUCUCUCUUUUACAACCGAUUGCUUCCAGGAAAGGUUGUGUGGAAACGUCCCCAGGACAUUUGUGAUGACCCCCAUCUGAUUGUGGGCAACAUCAGCAAUCAUCAGCUGAUCCAGGGGAGACUGGGGCAUAAGUCAAUGGUCCCUGCAUUUUCCUGUUUGACUGUUCAGGAGUGUCAUUGGACAAAGACAAUUCCAAACCAUAAGGAACAGGAAUGGGAUCCUCGUAAACCAGAUAAAUAUGCUGGGAUAUUUCGCUUCCGUUUCUGGCAUUUUGGAGAAUGGACUGAGGUGGUGAUCGAUGACUUGCUGCCCACCAUAAAUGGAGAUCUGGUCUUCUCCUUUUCCACCUCCAUGAAUGAGUUUUGGAAUGCUCUACUGGAAAAAGCUUAUGCAAAACUGCUAGGCUGUUAUGAGGCCCUGGAUGGUUUGACUAUUGCUGAUAUCAUCGUGGACUUCACGGGCACCUUGUCUGAAAUUGUUGAUAUGCAGAAAGGAAGAUAUACUGAUCUUGUUGAGGAGAAGUACAAGCUGUUCAGAGAACUAUACAAAACAUUCACCAAAGGAGGUCUGAUCUGCUGCUCCAUUGAGUCUCCCAGUCAGGAGGAACAAGAAGUUGAAACAGAUUGGGGUCUAUUGAAGGGCCAUACCUACACCAUGACUGAUAUUCGCAAGAUCUGUCUUGGAGAAAGACUUGUGGAAGUUUUCAGCACGGAGAAACUGUAUAUGGUUCGUCUGAGGAACCCAUUGGGAAGACAAGAAUGGAGUGGUCCUUGGAGUGAAAUUUCUGAAGAGUGGCAGCAACUGACUGUAACAGAUCGCAAGAACCUAGGACUUGUUAUGUCUGAUGAUGGAGAGUUUUGGAUGAGCCUGGAAGAUUUUUGCCACAACUUUCACAAACUAAAUGUCUGCCGCAAUGUGAACAACCCUGUUUUUGGCCGCAAGGAGCUAGAAUCAGUUCUGGGAUGCUGGACUGUGGAUGAUGACCCACUAAUGAACCGCUCAGGAGGCUGCUAUAACAACCGUGAUACCUUCCUUCAGAAUCCCCAGUACAUCUUCACUGUGCCCGAGGAUGGGCACAAGAUCAUCAUGUCCUUGCAGCAGAAGGACUUGCGCACUUACCGCCGAAUGGGAAGACCUGACAACUACAUCAUUGGUUUUGAGCUCUUCAAGGUGGAGAUGAACCGCAGAUUCCGCCUUCACCAUCUGUAUAUCCAGGAGCGUGCUGGGACUUCCACCUAUAUUGACACCCGUACUGUGUUUCUGAGCAAGUACCUGAAGAAAGGCAACUAUGUGCUUGUUCCAACCAUGUUCCAACAUGGCCGUACCAGCGAGUUUCUGCUGAGAAUCUUCUCGGAAGUGCCUGUACAACUCAGGGAACUGACUAUGGAUAUGCCUAAGAUGUCUUGCUGGAACCUGGCACGUGGCUACCCAAAGGUAGUUACUCAGAUCACUGUUCACAGCGCUGAGGGCCUGGAGAAGAAGUAUGCCAAUGAAACUGUAAACCCAUAUUUGGUCAUUAAGUGUGGAAAGGAAGAAGUCCGCUCCCCUAUCCAGAAGAAUACCGUGCAUGCCAUUUUUGAUACCCAGGCCAUUUUCUACAGAAGGACCACUGACAUUCCCAUAAUAAUUCAGGUCUGGAACAGCAGAAAAUUCUGUGAUCAGUUCUUGGGGCAGGUUACUCUGGAUGCUGACCCCAGUGACUGCCGUGAUCUGAAAUCUCUGUACCUGCGUAAGAAGGGUGGUCCCACUGCCAAAGUCAAGCAAGGCCACAUCAGCUUCAAAGUGAUUUCCAGUGAUGAUCUCACUGAGCUCUAAAUAGCCAAUCUCAGAGAAUCCUGACAAUUUUCCACCUUUCUGUGUCAGGCGCCAGGUCUUAGCUAAGUUUCACAAAUGUUGAAAGAAAGUUCACAAUUACUAACGUUUCCUCUUUUCUGAUAAGUUUCCCAUACCUCCCGAUUCAAGUAGCAUCAGUAGCUACAUAACCUAUAUACCUCCAGCAGCUGGACAGGGGGAAGUGACAGUCUUUUCUGGAGAAUAUUUGCUGUGAAAAGAUCCUUGGGGUAUCCACAGGUGAGAUUCAAGUAGGACAAUAAGAAGAGUCUGGACAUUAUACAUGUGUCUUUGCUAGUUUCAGUUGCCCAAUGUAUCUCCCCUGUAAGGCAUCUUGAGGGAGGAGGGAUGAUCAAGGCCAAGCUGGUCUAGCCUGGCAUCCCAGCUCCUGACUGACAAUACAGACUUACCAGCAGCAUUUUACCCAGUAGCCAGAGAUGACUUUUAAAGUUCUCAGCUUUUACCAUCACCACCACCACCACCAUCACCAGCUCCAGAAAAGUGUAGUCCUGCCCUAACCCAAGUCACCCCCCCACAGUGUUUUACCUUCAUCUAGAGGAAGCUUCCUAGGUGCUUAAUCAAGUGCUGGAGUUCAGUGAGGAUGAGAGAGUAAAAGAUGGGCCUGAGCUUCAGUGAGGUGGAAGCAAGCUGUGUGCCACAAGAGGGGAAAGUGGAAGAAGCUGCAGUGGGAGACAAAACCUUAGUCCCCCACCCAUCCACACACACCUACACUCACACACGCGCAUGUAGGCGCACAUGAACUACCGUUCAGGCAGUCAGUGGGCAAGAACAAGGAUGAGUGGAGUAUCACAUACAUGGAAAAGUUGAGAGAAACCAUCUAGUAAUAGGACAGCCAGUUUGGGGUCCCUGACUGCAAUGUGAAACAUCUUGCUGCUGCUAGAUUCACAAUCAAGCCCAAUGCCCUGUGCCUCCUUAAUAUCACUGGUACUGAAGACCCUAUGGGACAACUUGAGAGUUGGGGUUCUAGCCCAGAACCCUCGGGGUUUCCCUCAAUUGGGAAGAUUCACUCCCCAGGAGUUUGUUUUUCAGUGUUUCUACAGAAUUUUCUGUAGUCAGUCAUUCUAAAAGUUCUUCCCUUAAGCUUUGUCUAUCAAUAUUCUGUCCUUAUUUCAAGGCCCAGCAUAAACAUAAAUUCCACCUCCUCCAUGACGCCUUUCUAAAUCCCACCCCCAAACCCCACCACCAACAAUAUUUCAACGCUUCAGCAAUGAUAAGAAACAUAGUUGUAGUAGUCUAGUGCAGCAUGCAUUCAUUUAAAAAUAUAUUUUGAAGGUUUUUUUUAAGCUUACUCAUUUUCUACCAUAUUUUGCAGUCUAUAUAACUUUUGAGGUGCCUUUUCCACACUGCCUUACACAAACUAAAUCACAAUAAAGUUCAUAUUCAAU